CUGAGGAGCCUCAAGUCUUUAACAGGAAGAAACAGCACAGUGUGGUUGGAGGUGCCAAACAGCAUGAAGCCUCUAAACCUCUGUGAGAGCAGUCUGAAAUGAAGCUGGGAAGGCCAGUGGAGGUUUUUCUGUUUGGUGUAAACAAUGAUCAGGGUCUCGCCAUUAGAAGUAGAGGCGUAAAAGCAAACAGAAAAGAGAAAUGGAGAAAGUGAGGUCUGGACCAGAGGAAGCUCGGCCUACAGCCCCCUGCAUCAAAACCGCACCCAACAAAAGUUCACGCUCCCCAUGAAGACUUCAUAAAGCAACAGGAAACCUAAAGUCACGUUUGAAGUGAUGAGAAUCUUGUCAUUUUAAAUCCACGUGAACUGCUCCCUCCAUCGCGUCACACCUCAGACUUCACACCUCACUUCUUUCAUGUGAAAAGGCGUCUGCUGCAAGAAGACACCUACACAGUGUUUAACCUAGCAUUUAGCAGUGCAGCUGACUUGCAGACAUUUCAGUGGUGCAGUCACAGCGUACACAUGAUGAUGAGCCGUACCUUGAUACCAGCUUUACUCUUCACCUUCAGUUGGAUGUCUGUCUCAGUGUCUGAGUUCCACACUGAGGAGGCUCAGCCUGGUGAGGAAGUCACACUGCUGUGCUCCAACUUCUCCAGUAUCCCCUCUCACGUAGUCUGGUUCAGACUGAACAGCACAUCCAACGUCAGCCCAAUCUCUUCCAUGUUCAUCUCUGAUGGAAACGCCACGUUCUUUCAAAACAGUACAUAUGAUACGACAUCCAACGGCACUCACCUCUUUCUCAAGAUCAAACCAGUGGAAUUAUGGGACUCUGGACUGUAUUUCUGUGGAUUAAUCUUAAAUAAAGAAUCUGUUAUCGUCAGUGCAACAUAUUUAAAAGUUGAAGCGUUCUUUGGAAGAAACAUCCUGAUGGACAUGAUCCUUGGUGCUCUGAUUGCCUUCCUCUCUUCAGUCAUCUUUGCUCUGUUUCUCAUUAUCAGAAAAUUCAAGACAGCUCAGAGGACAGAGGAGCAGAAUCCACAGAGAAGUGAGAUUGAUGCGUCUCUUGACUUGCACUACGCAGCGCUGACUUUUCAACCAAAAGCAAAAAGCAGAAAAAGGUCUCCAGCAGAGAAGGAGCAGGAGACCAGUGUGCUGUAUGCUGCCUCAUCAUAGACUGUCAUGUGGGUUUUUUUAGCAGCAUUGUUUGAGACAUGAUGCAUUCAUUUGAGUCCAUUUGGUCAGUGUUGUCUGUGGUUCAACCCUCCAACAUACAGGCUGUGUUUUUCUUCCUUUCUUUGUACCUGGAUGAGCUGCUCUUUGCUAGCUUGCACCAAGAAGUAAACUGAAUAUAAACUGUCAUGAAUCGAUUCCACCGUACACUGGAUAGUGUCCCCUCCAGAUCCAGCUCAUCAUCUGAAUGUGGACAGAUCGGGGCUCCAUGAGGAUGAGAGUGCACAGUGCUCUGCUGAUGGUUCAUCUCAACAAACAUCUCUGCAAACUGCAAAGAGCUACAAACAUCAUGGGUGUUUUUCUGCUUGGACAUCAUUAGUGCUGCAUGCUUUGUGGAUUAAAAAAGAUGUCGUGGGAGAAUGAUGUGCAUUUCUUGAUGCUACAAGCAGCUGCGGUCUAUUCUGAGGGGAUUCCCCCUGAGUGUGUGUUUCAGAAAGAGACGCCUGCUUUAGAGAGAGAAGAAGAAUGAUGAGGCCUGUCAGAUUGAACCUGUCACAUGUUUACAAUGAUGCAGGAAGUUAUCAGGUUUCAUGUUUGUAUUGAUGUUAAAGCUGUUUGAAUAAAUACUUCACUUUGAUAUUUUUCAUAAA